AACCACUUCCUUAUAAUAAAAUUGCGAAUUCAUAAAAAAGAUACAGCGAGAACUUAGUUGCGCGCUAAAAACAUCUAUUAUCUACUGAUGUUUAAAUGGACUUAGUAAGUAAUAGAUCCCUAACAGCUUAUCUUAGCUUUUGACGAAAUCUCAGCGAAAACCCUCUUAACUUAUUUUUCUUUCAAUAAAAUUUUAUAAGAAGUUCACUUACCAUUUCCUCGAAAUUUAUCUUUUCAGCCCAUUCUUCGACGCACAAUGGUAAAACGGUAUGAAAUUCGCGAGAACAAACUUCAAGAGAUAUAAGAGCAGCAUUUAAAGACACUAACAAACGGCAAGUGAAUUAGUAAGCAAUAAAAUACGAAACUGUUAAAUAAGCGAUAAAUAAUAACACCGAAAAAAGAAGGGGAAAAGAAGAAUAGACUACCCACAAGUUUCAACAUGUAAAAGACGGCACUUGUGGAAAGUGUGGCAAGAGAGAGUGAGAGACGGCGCUUACAGUUAAGUUAAAUAAAAUAUUGUGAUAACAGUAACUGCUGACUGUUGGUUACCCAAGCAGCCGUUUGUGUAAGCAUUUGCCGAGCAUCUACAGUUGCCGUCAUUAGCCGUAUUCAUAAUGGCCGACUUGGAGCGCAUAAGAUUGGUUAUGCUGGGCGGUGCUGGUGUGGGCAAAAGUUCGAUCAUCAAACGUUUCCUCUUCAAGACCUAUACGGACAAAUAUCGUGCAACGGUCGAGGAUCUCUUUAAUCGGGAAUAUGAUUUGGGCGGCAUCACACUGAAGGUUGACAUUUUAGACACUUCUGGUGAUAUGCAAUUUCCUGCUAUGCGCCGCCUGUCCAUUGCCACCGCCCACGCUUUCAUGCUGGUCUAUGCGUCAACGUCUGCGUCAAGUUUUCGAUGUGUCAAACAGUGUUUUGAGGAGAUACGUGAGCAGCGCACCGACUAUCAGGAUAUACCCAUUGUUAUAGCCGGUAAUAAAUCUGAUUUGGCCAAUACACACCGAGAGGUGCGACUGGAAGAAGUCACGGACUGGGUCUAUUGUGAAUUGCCGCGACUAAGAGCGAAAGUGCUGGAGUGCUCCGCCAAGGAGGAUCAAAACGUGACUGACCUCUUCAAAACGUUGCUGUCACUAUCGCGAUUUCUGCCCGUCGGGAGCAAUAAUGACGGCACAAGUGGACUCAAGCGGCGCUCUUCGGCAUAUGUCAGCGCAUCAUCAAGUAGAAACAAGAAUCGCAAUGCCAGCACUUCCGUUUCCAGUGAUAAAAAGUGCAGUUUGGUCGAAACUGUUGAUCCAGCCACCAGCAGCGGCGAUGCCAAGCGAAAACCCAGAUCUAGGUCACUCAUACGCCGUGCAUCACGCAAAACCAAACAGCAAAUCAACAGCGCGUCCGAUGAUUGUAGUUUGCAAUAAUACAGCGGAAGGAGGAGGUUUGAAAGCUUAAUUGGGCGUAAAUUCUUUGAAAGGCACUACCAAAUAUAUAUAAUUAUAUAAUAAAUAAUAAAUUACACAAACAAACGGACAACAGCAUCAACAAAAACAAGCAACAAUAAGCAGCAAAAAAAGCAAAGACAAGCGGAAACUGAAAGUUGAAAUUGCCAACAGGGGCAUGGGAGCGUCAAAAUUGUUUAGUGUUGGCCUGUCUUGGCGCUUAAGGCAAAAUUGACAUAACAAUUGCGCAGCUGCUUACAUUUGGCUACCGCAAGGGAUAAACCGGCAUUGCUGCAGAAGAAUUUUCUCAAAGAUCCGAAAGCAGCAGAUGAAGCCACGAAGUUUCAAAUGGUCGGGAUGACCGGAAUUGGAGACAUCCGGCGACGCGUCUAAUACCGCACAAACGUUGAAAGUUGUGGGCUGAAAACGAAAUUGAAUACCGAGACUACCGCAAUCUUGGUAAAUGUAAUAUUUCUUAAAUCCAAGUGACUGAAUCCCAUCAAUGUCUUCUAAACUUCGAACCAUGUGUUCGGGAUGAACGACGGUUAAACGUCAUCGAUAAAUAUGAUGCGUAUAGAUGAGUGUGGGGAAUAUGGAAAAUCAGACCAAUUUGAAUUCGCAAGCAAUCGCUGCAGAAGUUGGGUAUGGUAAAGAUGUUCAGUGAGUAUGCUGAUUUUAGCAGCUUUUUGGCAGAAAGCUCAAUCGAAAGGUCAUUGAUGUCAACCAUAAGUCCUUCCUCAAUGCAAAACGCGCCUCUCUUGGAUCAGAAAUGCAAAGUGGAUCAUUUAUUUGUAUUUGUGAUGCGAAAGCCUCUAUACUUUGUAGUGGAUUGGUUUAUAUUGCCUCCAAGAGGUUUCAUAUGUACUAGUUGCCUAUAAACAUAACUUCGAAACAAUUAAAUUAAAAAAUUUUAUAUAUAAUACAAUAAAGUGUAAU